GUCUUAGAAUUUUGAUGCCUACAUAGAUAUCAGAGGAAGAGAGGUUUUUAGGCCUCUCGAAUUGCCUCUUCGUAAAUAACAAUUCAAUGGGUAGUUUUUGUUAGGAAACCAAGGCUUUGAAUGUUCAUUUUUGCCUUUUAAUUUCUUUGAAAAAAUGUGGAAUGAAAGGGGACAUGCCUUUUCUGCAAAGAAAGGAAUGGAGAAUGAGCUGGUAGCAGUAGCUGUAGACAAGGAUAAGGGGAGCCGACAUGCUCUCAGAUGGGCAGUGGAGCAUCUUCUUUCAAGAGGCCAAACUAUUGUUCUUAUUCAUGUUCAUAAAGUAUCACCAAAUCUUCAUGGAACACAUCAUAAUCAUAAAGGCGAAACAAGCUUACAUAUAUCAAAUAAACAUACGGUGGGAAAGACAUUCGAGCAAUUGUUCCUCACCUUCCAUUGUUUUUGUACUCGAAAAGAUAUACGUUGCCUUGAUGUCGUACUUGAAGAUGCUGAUAUUGCAAAAGCAUUGACAGAAUAUGUUUCUUAUGCUGCAAUUGAGAAAUUGGUUCUGGGUGCCCCAUCUCGAAGUGGAUUUAUGAGAAAAUUCAGGACCGACAUACCAAGCAGUGUAUCAAAAGCAUCACCUGACUUCUGCACUGUAUAUGUCAUUUCAAAAGGAAAGGUCUCUUCAUUGAGAAAUGCUUCUUGUUCAGCUCCAUUCUCCUCCCCGUUACUUGAUCAUAUAAAGAAACAAAAUAGCAAGUCUGUUGACAAGCACUCCCCACAAAGUGCUGUUGUAAAAGGAGGUUUGAAAAUGGUCAAGUCUCGAACUUCAGUUGACAGCGGUACCAGGUCACAUUUCCCCAGUACAAGAGCCAGUCUUAUGAAAGCAUUUGCGGAUUUCUCAGAAUCAGAUACUGACAUAUCAUUUGUCAGCUCUGACAGACCAAGCACUGACCGUAACUCUUCUUUGUUAUUUGAUUCAUUUAUCGAUUCUAGCCAAAAUUCACGGAUAUCAAGUAGCACAGAUCGUAGCCUAGGAUCGAUGUGUUCAGGAAUCAGGUGGAAUGAUCAACAUAUUUCUACACAUGACUUCUCAUCAGUAUCACAUGAAUCAUCUUGUUCAUCUCAGAAUCUGGAGGAAGUGGAAGCUGAAAUGAGGAGACUAAGGCUAGAAUUGAAGCAAACAAUGGACUUGUACAAUAUUGCAUGUAAAGAAGCCCUUUCAGCAAAACAACAGGUACAGGCAAUGCAGCUGAAUCGCUGCAAAAAUCAAGAAGAACAAAGAUUGGAAGAGGUACAACUAGCUGAGGAAGCUGCAAUGUUAGCUGUAGAGGAAGAGAGGGCUAACUGCAAGGCAGCCAUAGAAGCAGCUGAAGCAGCACGAAAAUUUGCAGAAUCUGGACAACGAAGAAGAUUGAAUUUACAAGGGGAAACCCUAAGAGAAACAGUGGAAAUGAAGAAGGUGUUAGACACUCUAUCCAAUCAUAACAUCAAAUAUCGAAGAUAUACCAUCGAGGAAAUUGAAGAAGCAACAGAUUGCUUUAAACCAUCUCGAAAGAUUGGAGAAGGAGGUUAUGGCCCUGUCUUUAGGUGUUAUCUUGAUCAUACACCAGUUGCAGUUAAGGUUUUACGUCCAGAUGCUGCUCAAGGGAGAUCACAAUUUUUGCAAGAGAUUGAAGUACUUAGCUGCAUCCGCCAUCCUAACAUGGUUCUUCUUCUAGGUGCCUGCCCAGAGUAUGGCAUUCUAGUGUAUGAAUACAUGGGUAGGGGAAGCUUAGAAGAUUGUAUAUUUAGGAAAGGGAACACCCCACCAUUGUCUUGGCAACUCAGGUUCCAAAUAGCUGUAGAGGUUGCCACAGGCCUACUUUUUCUGCACCAGACAAAGCCAGAGCCAAUUGUGCACCGUGACCUUAAGCCUGGCAACAUUUUGCUAGACCAAAACUAUGUUAGCAAGAUUGGUGAUGUUGGAUUAGCUCGGCUUGUCCCUGCUGUUGCUGAGAAUAUGACACAGUUCCACAUAACUUCAACAGCUGGAACUUUUUGCUAUAUCGACCCAGAGUAUCAGCAAACAGGAAUGUUGGGCGUAAAAUCUGAUGUGUAUUCUUUAGGGAUCUUACUUCUUCAACUUAUAACGGCCAAGCAACCGAUGGGAUUGGCUCACCACGUUGAGCGAGCAAUCGAGAUGGGCACAUUUUUUACAGAGAUGGUGGACCCUGCUGUGACUGACUGGCCAAUCGAAGAAACCUUGUCAUUCGCAAAGCUGGCACUUCAAUGCGCCGAACUCAGACGGAAAGACAGGCUAGAUCUUGGCAAGGAAGUCUUACCCGAGCUGUGCAGGCUCAGAGAGAUUGCUCAAGAGAAUAUGAACCAUUUCUUUCUUGCUGGUAGUGUCGGGCCUUCCCCUUGA